UCAUCUUCCCUUCUGGUGGGAGGGGUUUUCUUCAAGAUCUAGUAAUCUGAUCUUGCUAAGAGGUACACCCAGACGCUUCCUUUUCUGGAAGGAUCUGGUGCAUCUCGCUAAUAGGCAGGUCUGGGGAUCACAUUUAACACCAGCCAGUACCCAGGAAGCGGCUGAUCCCAGCUCAGGGGGACAGUUGAGGGUUUUAGUCUAUCUGUCAUUAAAUUCAUUUUCUCAGUCUAUUCCUCCCUCUCUCUUUCCCAGUUACACUCUCUCUCUUUCUCCCUCCCAGUUUCUCUCUCUCUCUCUCUCUCACUUGCUCUCUCUCUUUGUAUGUUCCUCUCUCUUUCUCUCUCCCUCCCUCUCUCUGUGUCUCUCCAUCAGCACCAUUUAGAGAGAAGGGAAAAACCCACCAGUACCAGGGUGGCAAGCAGUGUCUGACUUCAGUAGAAGCGACCAGAUCCGCUCUGCAAGCUGGAUAUCUAUUUGCAGCGAGAGAUCUGUUGGCUUUGACUCUCCCAUUUCCCUGUGGCUCUCGCUCCAAGCGUGUAGGCGAGGGGCCGCUGGGUUUGGUGGACGUGUUGGUGGACGUGGGGUGGUGGGGGGGGGGGGGACGCACAGCUGGGAAAGUGAGUGGUGCCGAGCGCGUGUCGAGAGCAUCCUCCGCCCCCACCGCUCACUCUGGUCGCCCAGAGGCCGCCUCAUGUGGGAAUAAGGAGCUGAGGCAAGACCCCGCGACCCCAAGAUGAGCGAGGAGGCCAAGGAGAAGGGCAGCGGCAAGCCAGCUCACCGCAAGAAGAAAGGCAAAAAGUCGGACAGCAAUGCCAGCUAUCUGAGAGCGGCGCGGGCUGGCAACUUGGAGAAGGCCCUCGAUUACCUGAAGACGGGGGUCGACAUCAACAUCUGCAACCAGAAUGGCCUAAAUGCUCUCCAUCUUGCCUCCAAAGAAGGUCACGUGGAGGUCGUGGCAGAGCUGAUUAAGCUCGGAGCCAACGUCGAUGCGGCGACAAAGAAAGGAAACACUGCCCUGCAUAUAUCGUCGCUCGCCGGCCAGACGGAUGUUGUGAAAGAGCUGGUGAACAACAGCGCCAAUGUCAAUGCACAGUCCCAGAAUGGAUUCACGCCACUCUACAUGGCCGCCCAGGAGAACCAUCUGGAGGUGGUCCGGUUUCUCCUGGACAACAAUGCCAGCCAGAGCAUCGCCACUGAGGAUGGCUUCACACCCCUGGCAGUGGCGCUGCAACAGGGCCAUGACCAGGUGGUGUCACUGCUGCUGGAGAACGACACCAAGGGCAAGGUGCGUCUGCCGGCACUGCACAUCGCCGCGCGCAAGGACGACACCAAGGCAGCGGCACUGCUCCUGCAAAACGACCACAACGCCGACGUGGAGUCCAAGAUGAUGGUGAAUAGAACGACGGAGAGUGGCUUCACUCCGUUGCACAUCGCAGCGCACUACGGCAACAUCAACGUGGCUACUCUGCUGCUGAACCGGGGAGCCGCCGUGGACUUCAAGGCGAGGAACGACAUCACACCCCUACACGUGGCGUCGAAGAGGGGAAACGGAAACAUGGUGAGGCUGCUGCUGGAACGCGGGGCCAAGAUCGACGCCAGAACCAAGGAUGGACUGACCCCGUUACACUGUGGAGCACGAAGUGGACACGAGCAGGUGGUGGAGAUGCUGCUUGACCGGGGCGCCCCGAUUCUGUCCAAAACCAAGAACGGGCUGUCGCCUCUCCACAUGGCCACGCAAGGGGACCAUCUGAACUGCGUGCAGCUGCUGCUCCACCAUGACGUGCCCGUGGACGACGUCACCAACGACUACCUGACGGCGCUGCACGUGGCCGCGCACUGCGGCCACUACAAGGUCGCCAAGGUCAUCGUGGACAAGAAGGCCAACCCCAACGCCAAGGCGCUGAAUGGUUUCACGCCGCUGCACAUCGCCUGUAAGAAGAACCGCAUCAAAGUGAUGGAGCUGCUUCUGAAGCACGGGGCGUCGAUCCAGGCCGUGACCGAGUCAGGACUAACCCCAAUUCAUGUGGCCGCCUUUAUGGGACAUGAGAACAUCGUGACCCAGCUGAUAAAUCAUGGGGCCUCGCCGAACGCCACCAACGUGAGGGGAGAGACGGCCCUCCACAUGGCAGCCCGGGCUGGCCAGGCGGAGGUGGUUAAAUUCCUGGUGCAGAACGGGGCCCAGGUGGAGGCCAAAGCCAAGGACGACCAGACCCCGCUGCACAUCGCCAGCCGCCUCGGCAAGGCAGACAUCGUCCAGCAGCUCCUGCAGAACGGGGCGUCGCCUGACGCCACCACCUCCUCCAUGUACACGCCGCUGCACCUGGCGGCCCGCGAGGGGCACGAAGACGUGGCCUCGGUGCUGCUGGAACAAGGUGCCUCGCUGUCCAUCACCACCAAGAAAGGAUUUACUCCGUUACAUGUGGCUGCUAAGUAUGGGAAGAUCGAGGUGGCCAAUCUACUCCUCCAGAAGCGCGCGGCCCCAGAUGCUUCCGGAAAGAGUGGUCUAACUCCCCUGCAUGUAGCUGUGCACUACGAUAACCAGAAGGUGGCCCUCCUUCUGCUGGACCAGGGAGCUUCCCCCCAUGCAGCUGCCAAGAAUGGCUACACUCCACUGCACAUUGCUGCCAAGAAGAAUCAGAUGGACAUCGCCACCACCUUGCUAGAGUACGGCGCGGACACCAAUGCCAUCACCCGGCAGGGCAUCAGCCCUGUGCACCUGGCCGCGCAGGAGGGCCAUGUCGACAUGGAGUCACUGCUGCUGUCCAGGAAUGCCAAUGUCAACCUGUCCAAUAAGAGUGGCCUGACGCCCCUGCAUCUAGCGGCUCAGGAGGACAGAGUGAAUGUUGCAGAGGUCCUGGUCAAUCAGGGAGCGACAUCUGACCCUGAAACAAAGAUGGGAUACACUCCUCUGCAUGUGGCCUGUCACUAUGGAAACAUCAAGAUGGUGAACUUUCUCCUCCAGAACCGGGCGAAGGUCAAUGCCAAGACAAAGAACGGCUACACACCCCUCCACCAGGCGGCGCAGCAGGGCCACACCCACGUCAUCAACCUGCUGCUCCAGCACGGCGCCUUACCCAACGAGCUGACGGUGAACGGCAACACUGCCUUGUCCAUCGCCCGGCGACUGGGCUACAUCUCCGUCGUAGAUACGCUGAAGGUGGUGACAGAGGAAACUUUGACCACCUUGACAGUGAUAGAAAAACACAAAAUGAACGUCCCCGAAACAAUGAAUGAGGUCUUGGACAUGUCAGACGAUGAAGUUCAUAAAGCCAAUGUACCUGAGAUUCUCAGUGAAGACUAUAUUUCAGAUGUUGAUGAAGGUGAGGAUGCGAUGACCGGUGACACGGACAAGUACCUGGGCCCUCAGGAUCUGCGGGAGUUAGGGGACGAUUCACUCCCGCAGGAGGGCUAUAUGGGCUUCAGCAUUGGAGCCCGCUCGGCAAGCCUCCGCUCCUUCAGUUCGGAUAGGUCCAACACCCUGAAUAGAAGCUCCUUCACCCGGGACAGCAUGAUGAUCGAGGAGAUCCUCGCUCCUUCCAAAGAGACGAGUGACUGUAAAGAACAUUCUGUUGUCGUUGAGACCCAGAAUAAGCACCUGGCGGCAACCAGGGAGUGCGACUCGGACUCCCUGAGGAGGUACAGCUGGGCGGCGGACGCCCUGGACAAUGUGCACCUGGUCUCCAGCCCCAUCCACUCGGGCUUUCCUUCUCCACUACCCCAGUAUGACUCCAGGUUCCUGGUCAGCUUCAUGGUGGAUGCCCGCGGGGGCUCCAUGAGGGGCAGCCGGCACAACGGCAUGCGUAUCAUUAUUCCCCCGCGCAAGUGCACGGCGCCCACGCGCAUCACCUGCCGUCUGGUGAAGAGGCACAAACUGGCCUGCCCCCCGCCCAUGGUGGAAGGAGAGGGCCUGGCUAGCCGGUUGGUGGAGGUCGGCCCGGCGGGAGCCCAUUUCCUGGGCCCAGUGAUAGUGGAAAUCCCCCAUUUCGGCUCCAUGCGGGGGAACGAGCGGGAGCUGAUCGUGCUGCGGAGUGAGAACGGGGACACGUGGAAGGAGCACCAGUACGACAGCAAAAGCGAGGACCUCAACGAGCUCCUCGGUGGGAUGGAUGAGGAACUGGACAGCCCAGACGAGCUUGAGAAGAAGCGCAUUUGCCGGGUCAUGACCAAGGAUUUCCCGCAGUACUUUGCGGUCGUGUCUCGGAUCAAGCAGGAGAGCAACCAGAUGGGUCCCGAAGGGGGGGUUCUGUCCAGCAUGACUGUGCCUCUGGUCCAGGCUUCCUUCCCAGAAGGGGCGUUGACAAAGAAGAUUAGAGUCGGCCUACAGGCUCAGCCUGUCCCAGAUGAUACUGUCAAGAAGAUCCUGGGGAACAGGGCAACCUUCAGCCCCAUCGUGACUGUGGAGCCCCGGAGGAGGAAGUUCCACAAGCCCAUCACCAUGACGAUCCCUGUCCCGCCCCUUUCCGGGGAAGGGGUGACGAAUGGUUAUAAGGGAGACACGACCCCCUGUCUGAGACUCCUGUGCAGCAUAACAGGAGGCACUUCUCCAGCGCAGUGGGAAGACAUUACAGGAACCACCCCGCUCACCUUUGUAAAUGACUGUGUGUCCUUUACCACCAAUGUGUCUGCUAGGUUCUGGCUCGCCGACUGCCACCAGAUCCCAGAGACUGUUGGCUUGGCCUCGCAGCUCUACAGGGAGCUGAUCUGCGUUCCGUACAUGGCCAAGUUCGUGGUGUUCGCCAAGAUGACGGACCCCGUCGAAUCCAGCCUGCGGUGCUUCUGUAUGACCGACGACAAAGUGGACAAGACUCUGGAGCAGCAGGAGAACUUCGAAGAAGUGGCCAGAAGCAAAGACAUUGAGGUCUUGGAGGGAAAGCCAAUUUACGUGGAUUGCUAUGGUAACUUGACCCCUUUGACAAAAGCGGGACAGCAACUGGUCUUGAAUUUUUACGCAUUCAAGGAAAACAGGCUGCCUUUUAGCGUAAAGGUCAGAGAUAAUAGUCAAGAACCUUGCGGGCGGCUGUCGUUCCUCAAAGAGUCAAAGUCGACUAAAGGUCUUCCGCAGACUGCCGUCUGUAACUUAAACAUCACACUGCCAGCUCACAAGAAGGAAAUGGAGUCAGAUCCAGAUGAAGAGACUGACAAAGCAGACCGACGUCAAACCUUUGCAUCUCUAGCCUUACGUAAGCGCUACAGCUAUCUGACUGAGCCUGCGAUGAAAACAGUUGAACGAAGUACAACAAGAACACUGCCUCCUGGUUACGCUCACAAACCUGUCUUUUCAACAAGAUCUUACCAGGCAUGGUCGGCUGCUCCUAUUACCGUCCCUGGCCAAGCAAAAUCUGGAUUGGGUUCCCUCUCCAGUUCGCCGUCCAACACGCCAUCUGCUUCGCCACUAAAGUCGGUGUGGUCAAUCACCUCUGCUUCACCAAUCAAGUCCACCAUAGGAGCCUCAACUACAUCCUCAGUCAAGUCCAUUAGUGAUAUCGCAUCUCCCAUCAGACAAAACUAUUACAGAACUAUUUCCUCUCCAAUAAAGACUGUAGCCCACCAACCACAAUAUCAAGUUCAGGUACCCUCUUCACCAUUGUCUUCAGCAAGUAAAAAUGGGCUAGAUUCUGGGUCCAUUAAAGGACUUUCCCCAUCACUGACUUCAAGGACCUCUUCUGGGACUGCAGGGUCUUUACUGGAAAGGUCUUCUAUUUCAAUGACGCCACCUGCAUCUCCAAAAUCCACAAUAAACAUGUAUUCAUCUAGUUUGCCAUUCAAAUCAGUCAUUGCCUCUGCAGCACCUCUGACAUCUUCCCCUGUAAAAACAGCAUCUGGCUUAUCAUCAGUUAAAUCAUCUGCAGAUGCCAGUGUGUCAUCACAGGCAAUGAAGCCUACAAUUGGCUCCAUGGAUACAGCUCUGCUUAAUGGAUCUGUCUCCCCUAUUAAGUAUCCUUCUUCCACAGCGGCGCUUUUCUCCAGUGGUGCUCGUAGUCUGCAAGAAAGAAUACAAGCAACUACACAUGCAGCAACAAACAGCGUUAGCGCGGUCUUGGAUGAAGCAGAGAAGACAUUUAAUGCUUGCUCUGCAUCAGGCUACGGCACACUAAGAUCAUCAGGAUCCUUGUCAUACCAGUCUGCGAGGUCCCCUGCCUCAAGUUCUAUUUACAGCACUUUGAGAUCUCCUGCAUCUUCUGCCGCUUCUAUAACAUCCAGUACAAUGACUGUUCCAGUGUAUUCUCUUGUAAACGUUGUGCCAGAUUCCCAGCUAAAGACCGUCUCCAAUGGAAUUCCUGUAAAAAAACCAUCAGCAACUCUUCAGUCCUUUCUGCCAACAGAUGCACACACCCAGUCUUCCAUUUCCAGGACACAGUCACCUGUUAAAUCUCCUCUGUUCAUCUCAUCGGCUACCAUCAAAGCAGCAACUUCAUCUUCAUUAUCAUCGAGUCAAGAAAUACUUAAGGAUGUAGCAGAAAUGAAGGAGGACUUAAUGAGAAUGACAGCCAUCCUGCAAACCGAAACUGGUGCGGCGGCAAAAAGUUACCGAUCGGAUACUUCAAAAGAGCCUAAAAUAGAUGACGAGGAGCCGUUUAGCAUUGUCGAGAAAGUCAAAGAAGACCUGGUUAAAGUCAGCGAAAUACUAGCUAAAGAUUCGCUUAGUGAAGGGAAACCCCCCAGUGCAGGUCACUCACCUGAGCAGGACUGGGUGGAAUUCUCGAAGGAUGAGAUCGAGGAAGCUCAGCAAAGUGCUCGGAAAUAUUCUCCGGUCUUUGAGAGAGAAAACGUCCCCAGUAUCGCCAGUGCAGAUUUCAGUUUGACAAAGGUAGUUGACUACCUGACUAAUGACAUUGAUCCCAGCAUCCUUUCUAAAAUUUCAGAGGUGAAGGAUAAGUAUGAUGAGGUGAAGAAAGAGGGGGAGGAAAAACAGAAACGUAUCCUCAAACCUGCCAUGGCGUUACAAGAUCACAAGCUGAAAAUGCCACCAUCGGGAAUGCGCUCGUCCCCUUCAGAGAAGGAUCUAUGCAAAUUAGGGGAUUCUGCAUUCGCAACGGAUGCCAUUUUAGAAUCUCCAGAAGACUACUCGCAUGACCAGGACAAGAGUCCUCUCUCGGAUAGUGGUUUUGAAACAAGAAGUGAAAAGACACCUUCAGCCCCCCAAAGUGCAGAGAGCACAGGUCCAAAACCUCUCUUCCAAGAUGUGCCCAUUCCGCCGGUCAUCACAGAGACACGCACAGAGGUGGUGCAUGUCAUAAGAAGCUAUGAGCCAACCGAGGAAGCAAAGGAACCCAUAAUGGAAGAUGCAGGGACAAUAACAUCGCCAGCCUGUCUAGAGGCUGAACAAGUUGGAUCUAUAAAAGACAAAGUCAAAGCAUUUCAGAUGAAAGUUAAUACAGAGGAGGAUUCCAUGAUGAGCAAGGCUAUGCGAGUUAAAGAAGAAACUCAUAUCACAACCACAACUCGAAUGGUUUACCACAAGCCAACUACCAAAGAAGUUACCUCUGAAAGACUCGAAGAAACAAUGUCAGUUCGAGAUAUAAUGAAAGCCUUCCAGUCCGGUCGAGAUCCCUCCAAGGAAUUGGCUGGCUUGUUUGAGCACAGGACUGGUGGUGAAACUCCCAAAGGAAAUGAAAUCUCUCCAAGGUUUCUUGAAAAAGACGUUAAACCGAAACCAAAAGUUGAAAGAAUAAUUGAGGUUCAUAUCGAAAAAGGUAAUAAAGCUGAACCAACUGAAGUUAUAAUCCGCGAAACUAAAAAGCACCCAGAUAAAGACAUGUAUAUGUAUAGGGAUCGCGCAAUAAAGGAACUACCAGAUAGACUAUAUGGUGAUGAUGAGGGACAGCAAGAAGAGGAGGAACUUACUGCUGAGGAAUCACUUCCCUCCUACUUGGAAUCAUCCAGAGUUAAUACCCCUGUGCCUCAGGAAGAGGAUAGUCGUCCAAGUUCGGCACAACUAAUCAGUGAUGACUCCUAUAAAACCUUAAGGCUACUGAGUCAACACUCGGUUGAGUAUCAUGAUGACGAGUUAUCUGAAUUAAGGGGAGAAUCUUACAGAUUUGCAGAGAAAAUGCUUCUUUCUGAGAAGCUAGAUAUCUCUCACUCAGACACAGAGGACUCUGACCAGCCUCAUACGCUAAGCUCAGAGAUGCAGGGUGGCAGAGGUCAUUAUAGUGAGAAAAUGUCCAGUGGUCCAAGGAAGGAAUUUAUUAUGAAGUCAUCAAAGGAUGCAUCAGACAAAGCGGGUAAAAUUGGCCAUAAGGAUGAGCCAUUUGACAAGCUGACCGUGUUGCAUUACAGCACAGAACCUGGUAGUCCUAAACACGCUGUAUGGAUGCGAUUCACGGACGACAGGUUUGACAGGAGCCGAGAAAAACUCGUAUACGAAGACAGAGUAGACCGAACGGUAAAGGAGGCUGAGGAAAAACUGAGUGAGGUCUCACAGUUUUUCCGCGACAAGACGGAGAAGCUAAACGACGAACUCCAGUCUCCAGAGAAGAAACCUCGGAGACGAGACCCCAGGGAAACUCGAUCCGGACCCAGCUCUACUUGUAGUAGUCCUGAGAAAACACAACACAAGAAUGCAGGUAGCAGUGAGGAGUGGGGUAAGAGUAGGCUGAGGGAGCCAUCUGUAGGAAAACUGUUUGGCAGCUCCGCUGACAGAAAAUGCGCCAGCUUGCCCAACAGCCCUGAAAGGCAGGUACUUUCCCGAUUUAAUGACGAGAAAGCAAAACAGGGAGAUAGUGUGACACAGGCUAAAUCGGGAGAGGCCUCCCAGCCUCUCCAGACAAAGUCAUCCAAAGUGAGCUCUGUAAGACUAAAAUUUGAAUCAGAGGCUCAGAAACAAGAAAAGGCUUCUCAGUGGGGACAAGCAAAGCCCCAAGUGAAAAAACUACAGGAAAGUAAGCUUCCUGUAUAUCAGUUUUACGCUGGAGCAAAGACCCCCAAAUCUGAUUAUAGCGCAGAUGAGGUGGGGCCUCCCAAGAAGGCUCCAGACAGUGAGAAAUGCAAGGUCACCACAGGACAAAGUCCUGACAAGUCUAGAGGGCCUCCUGUUGCACAAAGACAACCAGGUGACAGAAUAUUAAACAAAAGCAUUCCAGAAGCUGCGUCUCCAAAACAUUUGCUAGGUGAGAAAGGCAAGGCACCUGAGGAUAAAGAAAAAAAAUCCUGGGAGAGCCAAGGAAAUGGGAACAAAGACGUUUUAAAGGAUAAAUUUUCUCGUACUCUGGAUCAUGAAACACCAAAGGAGGACAGUGGCAGGGAUAUUCAAAAAUUGUUCUCUUACAAAGAAAAAGGGCAACAUUCGGAGCUCAUUCUAGGUUCCUCGACCAAAAAAAGCAGUCAUGUAGAACAUGUGACUGAGGAAGAUGCACACAUGAGGACUCUAAAAAAAAAGCCAGACUCCCAAAUUCCUGUGCGGACACCAUCUGGCCCCUCGGAAAAUGAUCAAUGCAGAAAGUUAAAACCAGAGUCAUUAGUUAAAACUCCUGAAAGGGGUCUGUCACAGAUACCAACCUUAGCUAAAAAUCGGUCUCUGGAUAGCUUAGAAACAAGCACAUCUAAGGAAGAGACUUCAUCCAUGAAAUCUCUAGACUCAUUAGAAUGUAGCAUAGUUAGAAGUGUCCUGUCUAGUGACAUAAGUGAUCCCAGCACCAUAGAGUGUAUGGAGAAAAUGACACCCAUUGUCAGUACAGAUCGUUUCAAAAAUAUUAAAAACUUGCCUGUUUAUGUGAGUAUUCAAACAGGCAAGCAAACGGAGAAAGAAUCCACAGGCAUACAGCAAGGGUCUUACAAAAAGAUUGUUGGUCAGGAAAGUCGCUCUGUUCAGGAAACUCGGAUAACGCUUCAUUCUGUAAAGCAAAAACAACCUUCUUCCCCGCAAGGGAGUCCGGAAGAUGACACACUGGAGCAAGUCUCUUUUUUGGACAGUUCAGGGAAAAGUCCAUUGACCCCUGAGACCCCAAGCUCUGAGGAAGUGAGUUAUGACCUUACAAAACUCCCUGAUUCAUUUAUUGGUUUUGUGCCAAGCAAACCUAGUCCAAUCCCUGAGGUUUCAGAAGAAUCCGAAGAAGAGGGGCAGGGAAAAAUCUUCACAUUCAAAACAAUUUCACCAGAAAGGCCAAAGUCCACUGUGAUAGAGGAUGCAAAUGGAAACCAGGAAGUGGGAAAGAGAACAAAAGAUAAAAGAGUUGCAUACAUUGAGUUUCCCCCACCUCCACCUCUAGACUCAGAUCAAUCAGAUCCUGAUAGAAAAGGAUCAUGCCCAUCAUCAGAGGCUGAGACGGAAAUGAUGGAAGUUAACCUCCAAGAAGAGCACGAUAAACACCUUCUGACUGAACCAAUCAUCAGAGUGCAGCCUCCAUCUCCCGUGCCUCCAGGAUUGGAUGACAGUGAAUCCAGUGACGAUGAAUCUGUCUUUCAGCCUCUUCACUUCAAGAAAUACACAUUUAAAAUUCCAGAGGAUAAAGAGGAAAAGGCUUCCAAACUCAAGAAGCCUGAGAAAAAUGGAAACCACAAGGAAUCUAGUGCUGAUGAUGCAGGAAAAGGAGAUGAUUUUGACAUUGAGCAAAAUGGGAAUGAUCAAUCGAUAACGGAGUGCUCUAUAGCAACAACUGCAGAGUUUUCACAUGACACAGAUGCUACUGAAAUCGAUUCUCUUGAUGGGUAUGAAUUUCAAGACGAGGAUGAUGGUUUGAGUGAGCAAGACCCAAAACUAUCAAGCUUAUCCCUUGAUGGCAGAAAAGACAUGUGGGCAACCGAGAGUAUGCUGAAGUCAAGUGAUCGUUCGUUUAGCCAGACAAAACUUGAGGUCAUUCAGGAGGAGGACAGAAUAGCACCUGAAGAUGGAAACAAGACGAUAGAAAAAAAUGAACUGAGUGAUAACAAGUCAGACAAAAUAAAAGAUGGGAUGCACUACAGUUUGGAAGGAAAACAUCCAGAAAAAGAUGGUUUUCCUGAUACCUACUUUAGCUACAAACUAGAUGAGGAAUUUAAUACCCCUUUCAAGACUGUUGCAACCAAAGGUUUGGACUUUGAUCCCUGGUCCAGCAGAGGAGGAGAUGAUGAAGUCUAUGAUGCUAGAAUGAAAGAUGAAGAGCCCAAACCUUUUGGGUUAGCUGUAGAGGACAGGUCCCAAGCAACAACACCAGACACAACCCCUGCCAGAACCCCAACUGAUGAAAGCACACCGACUAGCGAGCCUAACCCUUUCCCCUUCCACGAAGGGAAGAUGUUUGAGAUGACUCGCAGUGGUGCAAUUGACAUGAGCAAGCGGGAUUUUGUUGAAGAGAGACUACAAUUUUUUCAGAUUGGUGAGCAUUCCUCUGAAGGGAAGUCAGGGGACAAAGGGGAAGGGAUCAAAAACCCAGGUGUAGUUAACACACAGCCACAGCCAGUGGAGAAUGUUGUAGAGAUUAAAGUAGAGGCCCCCACAGACAUGAAAACAGCUAUGUGCAGUCUCAUUCAAGGUACUGACUCUUUGGAUACAUCAUCUGAUGACAACAUUUUGGACACGUCUUCAUGCACAAUCAUGGCCUCCAAGGUUGAUUCUAAAUUGCGUAUCCCUAUUAAAAUGGGAAUCACAGCUUCUAUUACUGUGAAAAAAGAUACUGAUAUUAUGGAAUCGACCAGUUCUAAGGAUGAGACUUCAAAGACUCUAGAACACACACGCCUAGAAAUGCACAGAGAAAGUCCAUCUGGCAGAAAGAAAGCCACCUCAAGCCAAUUAGGACAAAAACAGUCUGUAACAGACAACUCUAAUAACAACAAUAAUCUUGAGCCCUCUAACAUUCAGGCCAACUAUAUUGAGUGUGGCAGUGUAGUAUUUAAUUUGCAAUCAUCUUCAGAGCCCACACUUCAGCAAGUGAGUAGGAUAGAUGCUUUUUUCUGUGGAGAUUCAGAGAAAGUUGAAGAGAAUAGUGUGAAAUGUGAACAAGCAAAAACUAAUGGAGCCAAGCGAACUGCAGUAAAGCAGCCAAAGUCCAGGCUGCCGAUUAAGGCACCCGGUACAUCGUUACGUAACGUGAACACCAUGGUGGGGAAGCAGAAGCUGCAGGAGCAUGCAGACAAACCAGAGGCCAGGAAGAGAGUAGAUCAUGGUGCCGCUUCGCUGCCAAAAUCUAGAAUUCCUAUAAAAGCGGUCAAAAGAGAGGAUUCAAAUCCUGCUUUAUUAGUGAAAAGCACGUCUCGAUCAGGAAAGUCAGAGAAAGGAAAAUCAAGACAGUUACUCUCCAGACUCCCAGUAAAAGACAGGGCCAGCUCCGAGAGCAGUUCAGCUAGCAAGGCAGGUAGAGGACAUUUGAUCGAGGUCUCCAAACGCUCCGCUGAUCGCUUUAAAGGUGCUAGUAGGGACGCAUUAAAACCGGUGGACCGCAUUUCCGACGAAGAGAAACGGAAGCGGUCAGAAUUGUCCGAGGAUGAAGACAGCACGUCAAGAAACACCUCACUGUCAGAAGCAUCUCAACCGUCUUUUACAUCGAGGUCUGCUAGAUCCGCUGAGGCAGCGUCCGUAAAGGCAAAGGUUGAACAGGCCAGGAGUGAGAGGAGGAGGAGUAGGAGGACUGGUGACAAUGGAGGCAGUCAGGUUGCUGGGCCCCAUGUGGCUCCCGUCGUGGAGAUCAAGCCUAGUCCCCAGAGUCCCUGUGAGCGGACUGACCUGCGGAUGGCCAUAGUAGCUGACCAUCUGGGCCUGAGCUGGACUGAGCUGGCCAGGGAAAUGGACUUCUCUGUGGAUGAAAUAAAUCGCAUUCGAGUGGAGAACCCCAACUCGUUAACAGCACAGAGUUUCAUGCUCUUAAAGAAAUGGGUUGGCAGAGAUGGUAAAAAUGCUACAACGGAUGCCUUAACCGCAGUGCUGACUAAGAUUAAUCGGAUGGAUAUUGUGACCCUGCUGGAAGGGCCAAUAUUUGACUAUGGUAACAUUUCAGGCACAAGAUGUUUUGCAGAUGAUAGCACUGUUGGCCGGGAUCAGGCUGAUGGUUACGACAACAUUGAAUUGGACCUGCAGACUCCCGUGGAGUUGAACUAUGAGCCUCCCACUCCACUUCGGCACGAUGAUUUCUUUGGCGAAGAGCCUAGCGUAGACUCUCUGGGUAGAAGCGUCUGUAGACCCAGCAAUCUGUCGCUACCGUCCCCCCUCACCCCAGCUGCUGGCCCCCCCGCAGACACCGACCCCCCUACCGUCACAGCCGAAGACUCCUCCAUAGGUCGCCUAUGCGUCAAGAGCCAAGACGAAGAGUCCCCCGAAGAAGAUGAAGAGCACGUCUAUGACUCGUCUUCUCCUGCGCUUUACGAGACCUUGCGGGUGGUGGAGGAGGAUAUUUGUUUGGAGCAAGAGCCGGACAAGGGCAACACUGGUGCUCUAGCUGCCGGGCCUCAUGCAGUGAGAGCAAGCAGUGAGUUGGGUUCUGAAGAGGAAACGGCGCAGAUGAAAAUGAAGUCCCAGUUGGAAGAUGUUAAACCGAAGGAAGGUUCAGAGGGCGUGGAAAUGACAGAGGAGAGGGUGCAGGCCAUUCUCUCUGAGGUCAAACAGACAGAAAAGGAUAUAUCUUCACUUACAGGUUUGCAAACUGAGACCUCAAGUGCAAACGUGGAGUCGACCACCCCAGGUCGCAAUCUGAGCUCUGACUUGGCCAACCAGCAGGAAAACAGCCAAGAGAACUCCAGUGAUUCCAUUACCUCACCCUCCAAAGGACAAGAAGGGAAGCCAACACAAAAUGGCGAGCAUCCGGCCCUCGCAGCUCCAGCUGGCUCGCUCCCCGCAGCACUCAGCUCUGCCAACGGCCAGGCCCAUGCGCAUGCCGUGAAGCAGAAGGUGGUGCAGGCUCCCGCGGGCUUCGAGGGUGAGGACAACCCCACCUCAGAGAGCAGCAAGGAUGACGAAACCGUCUUGCCGGAGCUGAGAAUACAGGAGAGCAGAAGUAGCGAGUUUGACACGGAUGAAGAAGAAACUGUCACAACCCGGGUAAUCCGGCGACGGGUGAUCUUGAAGGGAGAGCAGGCGAAAAAUAUCCCUGGAGAAUCAGUGACAGAGGAGCAAUUCACGGACAAGGACGGUAACAUCAUCACUAGAAAAGUAAAGUCCACCCCCUCGUCAUCUGUUUCACAUCACCUGGGUGCUAUUCGUCUCCCCCCGUGCCUGGGUGACAGGACUGUGUCCCCCCUCCUGCAGGUCAUCAGGAAAGUAAUACGCCGUGUGGUUCCUUCAGAUGCCAGAGUUCAAGAGGUCGAGAAAAGAGAAGGAGACUCCAAGCAGACUCCCAAAUGUGAGGAGGGAGCUUCCUCUGAGGUCUUAGGAACCCAGAGGGCCAAAACCAAGCCGGAGGAUGCAACCAAAAAGAAAAAGAAGGAGGGGAGACAGGGGGAGAAAAAGAUUAAAUUGUAACUGUCACGGAGCUCUAUCUGGUUUGCAAAUGAUUUACACAGUUCUUCCUGGGGGGCAAUUACUGGAAACCCGAACGCCAGAAGUGGGCCGGCUGCUGGAGUGUCGACGGCUUCCGCAUAAACGCAUGGUUUACCGAACGGGGAUGUUUCUUUUCAUUUAGCAUGAGCAUGAACCUUCGCACUCUGUCAAUGACCGGAGCGUCAUGAGAGACGACGCGUUGUCAUGGUGACGAGAACGGUGUCCUUCAGCAUCGCAGACGAGAGGAACACGGGCGUCAACAGCAUCAGCAGCACCCGAGCAAAUCUUUCUGUGACCAAAGACGGCACGAAAAACAAAUCCGAUUAGACAAAACAGACGAACAUUUACGAAUCAACUUGUUCACUCGCCUUAUAUUUUUUCUUGGACCCAUGAUGUUGGGGUAUAAAAUGCUGUUUUGUUUCUUUUUUAACAAAAUUAUCAGUGAUCUUGCUGUAUAUAAAUUACACUGUAUAAAUUCUGAAAAAAAAGGGUAGCUUACAGAUUGUGGAGGCACUGAGAAAGUAUUUACAAGUGCGGUAGAAGUAAAUACAGACAUUUGGUUCCACUUUUAACGGAAGGCUUGAGUGUAACUUCACAUUUUGUUGUAUAAUUAUUAGCUGGUAAAAUGUUUGUAAAUGAAAAAAAAAAUGCUAGCUUGAUUUUAACAUGGGACAUUUCUUUAAAACUUGUUGCGACUCAAUAAUUCUCAAGACGGGGAAAUCUGUAGUCCUGUGAAAAUAUUUCUUCAGAGUACUAAUAUUUUGAUGCAUGUGAUUCACCUUAUUUUAAUUACAAUUUUUCUAAGUUUGCAAACACUGUAUUAAGAAUAAUACGACAGAAGGAAAUGUCUGUGUACACAUGCAUAGCCCUAACAUUUGUCACUAUUGCUGGUUUUAUAAAAAGAAAAAAGAUUUGCACCACGUGGGUUGGGGGGUUGGGGGCUAGGUCAGGGGUUUAUUUUAAUGCUUAUCGAUGGUCUUCAGUUCCCUAAUAUGGAGUUGAAGGUUAGCCUCUACAGACUGUACGCUUGAACGGCAAAAGGACCGGACAAGUUAUUGGAAUGUGUCCGUCAGAUUGGCACGCUGUAAAAUUAUAAUUGCAUCAUGUGUAUUGGCUAUAUGAUAUAGAAGUCUUUGUAAGCCGAAUGACUGUAAUCAUUAAUAGCAGUGUAUCAAUAGGUUUUAAGGCUGCUGUGGUUUAAAAGGGCAUUUUUAUUUGGGUUUUGGUGAAAUAUUUCCUUACAUUGAAACUAUUCAUACAAGAACACCUAAGGCAUUCAUUGAUAGUAGACCUAAUAACGUAUGUAUGAAAAAACAAACACUGGAUGAUCUAGUUGAUUAUUUAAACCUAAAAUAAAUUGUGUUGAACUCUGGAA